UGCAUACAGGUUAAAUUCCUGAUGGAGAAAACAAAGAAGCCUGGCCAAUACAGAGCCUUUCAGGCCAAUGUACUUGUGUACAUCUAUGAGCUGCCAGUGAUGGACCACUACAUCUUCUACAGCGAAAGCAAGUUCUUUGGGCAGAAAGUCUAUGUUGGACAGCUCAUAGGGAGGGACCCCAAGGAAAACCCCCAGGCCCUAGAAGAGUUCAAGAAAUUCGCACAGUGGAAAGGCUUCAUACCAGAAAACAUAAUUGUGCCCGAGCAGAGAGAAAGAUGUGUCCCUGAAGUUCACAGUGAUGCCCCUAAGAACUGCAAAUCUGAGGCCAACUCUGCCUCUGAUGAAGAGUAGAACCUUUGCUGGAGUCUCUUCUCCCUGGACCACACAACACUGAGACAUACCCUUCAAAACCAUCUCAUCCUGGACACUCACUACCCACUGGACCACACUUCUGCUAGGACCCCUGUCUACCCCAAACCCAAGUAAAGCCUUAAG